UAUAGCGGUACUGGAUUACCCACGUUGAACGACAAAGCUACACUCCAGGUUGACACUGUCUUGGCCUACUAACCCACUGAAAACGACACUGAAACAGCUGCGUCGCUCUUCACCUCUACCUGACAAAUAAUAGAGAUGCGGCCGGCCCUCACUCUGCUAGCCCUCCUCCCUUACCUGGGAGGAACCUUUGCCAACACUUGUCGAGCUGCUGGUACGUCUGAUGCUGCUACUACUGCUGCUGCUACUGUCGCUGCUUCAGGCGACGUUUCGGGUACGAGCGUGAUUGGCGAUAAUUUGCUCGCUGGUUCCAAUACCGCUGCAGGAGGAGACGCUAAUACCGCCAAGGCUGCGAGUGUCAGUAGUGGUGGUGUCGCUGUGUCGGCUACAGAUUCGUCCGCUGCGAGCGCCACUUCAGCCGCUGCAUCAUCAGCUUUUACUGGGGAUCAGUAUUACGCCUCAUCUGCGUCUAGUGUUGUCUCCGCAAGUGCUUCAUCUGCUCAAAGUGCUGCUUACCCUCAAGGUUCUCAGAUGGGUACCGACCUCGUUCUCUCCAACCCUUCAGGCGACUGUAAAUGCGGCUACUCCAUCUCCUCGCUCAACGACGAGUACUUUCCUUACAAAUUCGCUUACACCUUUUCCGCCCUUUCCGAUGGUGACGCCACAGAUGGUCUCGCGGCUGCGGGUUGGGUGGUGAAUGACGGAGAGUAUGUAGGGGGCGCAGCGAAUGGGAAUAGGUGUUGGGGAAAUAAGGAUAAUGUGAAUAUUGAUUCAGGGGAUCUGGUUUUGACUGUGCCAAAGGAUCAGACGGCGAGUCCGAACAUGGAGUGUGCAGAGAUUGCGUUCAAUGAGACGAAUUUGUUUGAAGGGGUGUUCCAGACGGAGGCGUUGCUAAGUGGGGUGGAUGGGACUUGCCAGGCAUUCUGGUUGAAUCACUCUAUUGCAACACAGUAUGCCGAUGAGCUUGAUAUCGAAGUGAUUAGCUCGACGAUUGAUACCGAUGGAGUUUGGUACAGCAACUGGCCUCCUAACGGAGACCCCAACAAUCCCGAUAGCCUAACUUCCGCACACACCAAUGCCCCUUUCCCAGACAUAAGCACCAAUGAUCCUCGUAAGACGUACAACAACUACACUAUUGCUUGGUUAUCCAGCUCGACAACGAGGUAUUACAAUGGUGCGAAGCAGGACUCACCUACAGAGAACCAACCGGAGCAUAGCAUGAUAUUCACAAUCAACAAUUGGUCCAAUGGUGGUACAGGUUGGACCCAGGGUCCUCCGACAGGGGAAGAUUCCGACCUCCGCGUCAAGAGCGUGCUGCUGUAUUAUCGUACCCAGGAUGUCCAGGACAUGGCCACUUUGGAUAGCAGCUGUACUGAUAGCGACGUUUGUAAAGUCUAGUUACAAUCCCAUCACUUUCUUACCCGAUGACAAGGGAAGAAAUUGUGCGAUAUGACACCUGUGAAUAUGUAUUACUCUAUCAGUGGCUUCACUUCUCUUGCAUCACUUGAUAUGCCAUGAUGAGACGCCUUAUGAGCUCGAGCUGA